UAAUAACACACAACGUAAUCAAACAGUAUAAAACUUAGGCAUGACGUCAGUUAUUGAUACCGUUAGUUAGACCCCAAAUGUGUUUUACUGAUAUAAUUUGAUCUGUGAACUUUAUAAUAAAAAUCAUCAUCGGGCGAUAACUUGAUGCCAAGGGGUAUUUAAUGGAACAAUAGCUGGCCAACGAGUCAUUUGAGUCAGUGCUUUCAAUACGGUCUCUAUUACACCAUACUGAUCUACAACACAACUCCAAUCUGCAUCAUGUUAGCAAAUUCUGGUUACAAAAUUGUAUUGGACGGCUGUUUAAAUGAUAAAGGAGAUAAUUUGGUGCACUACUUAAGUCGUUAUGGAGACGUCGACGAUUUAAUAUCCUUGAAAGAGGUUAUUAAUGAUGAAAAUCGAUAUCUACUAUUAUCACACAAUUUCAAUCAGAGGCAGUGUGUUCAUGUUGUCGUCUGCGAAGUCAAAGUAAAUGCCAUCAAGAAAUUAAAACUACUGUUAGAAAUGGGUGCCGAUAUCAAUGGUCAGGAAAGAAGAGGUGGCAACACACCUUUGCACCUUGCUGUGCAUUCCAACAACUAUAAAUUAGUGAAAUGGUUGUGCAAGCAGCCCUCAAUCAACAAAACAGUGCUCAAUUAUGCUAAGAAGACACCCCAUGAUAUUGCCACCGAACGAAUUGAAAAGAAAAUAAAUAGUGCACUGAAGGAGCAGAAAAAGUGGUACAAAAUUAUGCAUCAAUCAGGUGCUAGUUCAUCGGAAGAAGAGUAACGAGCACGGUAUGAAGUUCCAAAAUUUUAAGAGACCAGAUUAUUUAGUGAUGAAUGCAUAAGUGUUUUGGCGGUUGAUUGUGAAGUGACAUAAUUAUUUUCUUAGUGUGCUAGGUACUUCUUUUUUUGUUUUCCAUUUAAUUUUAUGUAAGUUUUGUUGCUCAUCUGUGGCUUGUGAAAAUGUCUUGUAAAUUAACCAUGUAAUUAGGUAACUAUGUAUUUGAUGUUAUAAUUAUGCUAAGUUGUUUGUAUCCUAAUUUUUAUUGUUUUCGAUAUUUCUAAGAAACUUAGUUAUGUUAAUUAUAAGAUAGUUAUGUUGCCUGGAAAAAAUUCUGGUCACUGCAGCUGUAGUUGAUGUUACUACAAGUUGGGGUACAGAAAUGCCUUCACCGAUUUGAAAUAACCGGAACCACACGUGUAGUGAUGCCAGCUACAGUUAUCAUGUUUACUACAGUAGUUGUCAGUACUGUCUAAAAUGUACAUUUAUUCUAUAGUGGACUACCAGUUACUAAAAUGUUUUACCACAAUAUUAUGGUUUUAGGCACCACAAUUUUUUUCCGUGGUCUUAGCAGUUAAUUAGUCAAUAAGAACCUCUAAUAUUAUGUAAUUUUUUGUCAUUAUAAGCUUAUUAACAACAAUUGUUCAGUCUUUAUUUAAAAUAAUGUUCUAUCUUUUGCACAUAAUUUAGGUAAAUGGACACAUACAUUUUUAUCUCCCGAUUUGGCCUAGAAAAUUCGAUUGACGUGCGAUAAAGCAGGCGAAUUUUUAUUCCAACCUUUCAGCGGUCAAUCCACUGCACAAUUUUCAGCAAAGCAAUUACUAAAUGGUAAAUUGAUACUAAGAUGGAAUGAGUCCAAGAAUCUAGAUCUACGUCUUACUCAUGUGUUUGUCACACGACGCAUAAAAUAAAUGGCUCCUAUUAUUAAAACUGAUUAUUCUGUUUACAUUGAAACGAACAAAGAGAAAAUGGAUGUAAUUUUUCUUUGAAUUUUCAUUACCAAAUACUUAUGGCCUCAUCAAGUUAUACACUGUAAAAAAUCACCGGGGUAAGUCUAAACGGGGUAGGUGUUAAAAUUAUCGGUGUUAAAUUUACCCCUGAAAGCGGUGUGAAAAUAACGCCGUCACCGGUGUAAAUAUUCUAGACCGGUGUUAAAAUAACGCCGCCACCGGUGUAAAUAUUCUAGACCGGUGUUAAAAUAACGCCGCCGCCGGUGUAGAUAUCCUUUACCAGUGUUAAAAUAUUUUAAUUUGUGAAUAUUUUUACUUACUCGAUCACUAUACUUGUUAAUAAAUGAUAUUUUUUAUUAAUUUUCAUAAAGAACUGACAUUUUUUGUGUUUUAUAAUCUUUAAAGUUAAUAAUCCAAGCGGACGCAGUUUACCCUGCUUUUACACCGGUUAUUCCGCUUUUACACCGACGUUACUCCGUUUUUACCCCGGUUACCCCGCCUUUACACCGAUUUUACUCCGCUUUUACACCGGUAACCCCGCCUUUACACCGAUUUUACUCCGCUUUUACACCGGUUACCCCGAUUUAACACCGGUAUUUUUAACACCGGUGUAAUUUUAUUUUAACACCGGGCGGAGUUAAAAUGAGUCCAUUUUUAACACCGGUCUUUUUACAGUGUAGUAGGUCAGAUUAUUUGCUCUUAAUCAAUUAACUUAAAACGCUAGUACGUGAGGUAAAAAAAAGUUACCGUAUAGGUUAAAUAAUAGCUUCUUUAAAUUUAUAAUCAAUUUACGGACCAGACGUGGUUGGUAAAAGAAAAUAUGACGGGAUGUUAACUGAUUGUUAGAAGGUGAUAAUUAAUAAAUCAGUUUGUGCAGUGUUAUUUUUAACUAACAGGGCAUUGGACUGAAACGGUGUGGCCGAGCAGUCUGGUGUGCCAGGCUCGAGAGAGUCUUUGGCACCUAAAACACCGGGUACGUGGGUUCGAAUCCCGGCGACAACAGGAUUUUUUUUUCAGUACGUUCCAGAUCCGAUACUUCGGA